CCUCCGGAGGGCCACCGGCUCCGGUAUGCAGUCCUUUGUGCCAUUGCACCCGCCCCAGGCUCAGUACAUUGGCGAACAUAGCUAACGCUUUCAUCGUCUGCAGUCCGGUCCGCUUCGUCUCAGCUCCUCUCGACGACACAGCGCCGCUCCUUCCUGGGGCUCUGGGGCUCAAAAUCAACGCCGGGCACGUCCGCCCUCGACAAGGCCAUCAGCGAGAAGCAGCAAGAGGCCAAGGCCAUGGAGCGCCUGCGCAACACCCAGCAGGGCCAGUCCAUCUUCGACGGCGAGCCUGCCGCCGACGGCAGCAGCAAGCAGAAGGCCGGUCCCCCGGCGGCCUUGGAUGGGCAAGGCUACGCCCCCGAGGCGAGCACCCUCAAGGAGCACCUGGCGCGCGCGGUCGAUCCCGACCCGCGGUGGCGCAUUCGGUAUCAGAAGCGCAAAGUCAUGCAGAUGAUCCGUAACGGCCGCGAGCCCACGCGUGAGGAGCUCAUCCGCCAGCGCGAGCGGCAGGUCGUGUCUCACUCGCCGCCGGUGCCGACGAGCACCAAGAAGCUCACGAUGCUUGCGCGCCAGAUCGUCGGCAAGACGGUCGACGAAGCCAUUGUGCAGAUGAAGUUCAGCAAGAAGAAGGCGGCCCGCGAGGUCAAGUACGAGCUCGAGAGGGCGCGCGACCUGGCCAUUGUGCAGCGCGGCAUGGGGCUCGGCAAGCACACUGGCGAGAUUCUUGAGAAGCCAAAGAAGAUCAAGACCAAGGAGGGGCGGAUCAUCGAGGUGUCAGACCCCACGAGGCUAUACGUGGACGAGUCCUGGGUUGGCAAGGGUCCGUGGAGAGGCAUGCGGAUACAGUACCACGCCAGAUCACGCAUGUCGGCCAUGUGGCGGCCAACGACGAGACUGGCUAUUGUCCUCAAGGAAGAGAAGACGAGGAUACGGCAGCAUGAAGAGCGGGUUGAGAAGCAGGCAAAGGCCAAGCCCUGGGUCCAUCUUCCCAACCGCCCUGUCACAGCACAGAGGCCGUACUACACGUGGUAGGGUUCCUGUGAAGGUGACGGCAGCGUUUCAUGCGAUCAUGUUGCCGAGCAGCACAGCCUAUCGUUCGUGACGUGGAUACGCCAAAAGGGAUCCUCAAAAGCACUCCUGGCGUAGGGCUAUGGUUCCUUGAAUUGAAAUGUGAAAGGGACAAGACUGCUCUGGCAGCAUCAAAUGUACAUAUAGAAACUUCAUGUAACCACCACCACCACCAACAUUGCACGAGACUUUGCACCUGUCCAAGUAUAGGGGCAUGCUCUAGACUACACAAAUGUAACAUAUCUACAAGAC